AUGAAGCUUUCCACACUCGCUCUAGCCGCUCUGGCUCCUUUCGCUCUCGCAGCAGACUGCCAGAACGAAGACUUCGACCAUGACCCCCUCAACAUCUCCACCGCAACUGCCAAACGCGCCCUCAACUCCCUCCGCACAAGAGACCUCCAGCAGGUCGACAUGUAUUGGCACAUCCUGGUGUCCAAGAACCCCGAAGGUGAGGACUGGGGCCCCUCAAUCCAAAGCCAGGUCGACUUCCUCAAUGCCCACUACGAGCCAUGGGGUUACCACAUGAAUCUCAAGUUCACGACCUAUGUGAUUAGCGAGGAGUGGGCAAAGGACAUCGAUGUCGAUAAGGAGAAUAAGAUGCGCUCUCUGCACCAAGGCGACUACCAGACGCUGAACAUAUACCUGGUCGAGGGUGCGGGCGGCGGCGUCUGUUCUCUACCCGACGGCUCUGGUAACCCCAUCAGUCAAGAUUUGCUUGAUUUUGAUGGCUGCUUUGUGCCGCUGGAGGUAGGCAGGAGCGCGACCAGCGGGACGUUGGCCCACGAGAUCGGGCAUUGGUUCGGUCUCUUGCACACCUUCCAGGGCGGAUGCGACGGCGAUGGUGACUACUGCGACGAUACAGCGCCGCAGAAUGAGGCUAGCCAUGGCGCUCUGGCUGUCCCUGGAGACUUGGGUAGCUGUCCUGCUCAGGAUCAGUGUGGCAAGGGUCCCGCUAAUGUGAAGAACUUCAUGGACUACACCGACUGCAGCCAGGAAUUCACUCCCUGCCAAGGCGGACGUAUGAACGUAGCCUGGUCACAAUAUCGUGUGGGCAGAGCCUUAGCUGAAGGCGUGCAGGUGAAAUGGUAG